GAAAUGUGAUGGAUUCCUAUAAAAAUCAAACAAGAUUUUCAAAGGAUGAUAAAGAAAAUCUUGAGUUGUUGUUAGAAGAAUAUAAGUCUGUGAAUGACAAAGACAGUUUCUACCUUGAUAUCUCUGAAACUGAAGAUUUCCUAUUUGUUGGCCAAACAGAAUGGCAAAAAAGAUUACUCAAUAUGUAUGGUCAAGAAAUCUGUUUGUUGGAUGCAACCUAUAAAACAACAAAAUAUGACCUGCCAGCAUUCUUUGUGUGUGUUAACACCAAUGUUGGUUACACCAUUGUUGGCUGCUUCAUUACUGCAAAUGAAACAAAGAAUUCAAUAAUGAGAGGUCUGCAGUAUUUUAAGGACUGGAAUGUAAAUUGGCAUCCCAAAUAUUUUAUGACUGAUUUCGAUACAUCUGAAAUUAGUGCUAUAGAGGAAACUUUUGAAGGUAAAAAGAUGGUGUUUUUAUUUCUUUGAUAUUUUGCUGUUGUAUGGCAAGUUAGUUUUCCUUACUGGUGAACAAUUAAGAGUUUAAAAAAUGACUUCAUUUUUAUAUAUACAUGUAUACAUUUUGAAUUACAAAUAUUUUUAUUCAAUAUUAAAUAAAUGUCAAUGAAAGUAAGGGGUCAAGAAUAACUCACUGUGUUCAAUAUUUCAUUUUUUCUUAACAAAUUGUUUAUUACAGCAGAGUAUUGGUAAGUUGUUUAAAUUGUUGUCAGAGUGUGUGGGCUUUUCGUUGUGUGUGCUCUCAUCCAACAUCUUGAGACUGUAUAUAUAUAUUUUCGUUUCACAAAAUCUCACCUCAUCUCAGAGUGUUUCAGCAUUGAUGAUAAAAAAUCAUCAAUUCUAGAUCAUUCUGUUAGUAAUAUCAUCAAGAUUAAUAUGCUUUCUAUGACAUCUUUAACCUGCAGAUGUAUUUAUAAUUUUGUAUUUACAUAUACGUCUCAUCCAUGCAGAACUCAUUUUUCACUGUUGUCAGCAGACUUCAUAACUUUCCUCUCACAUAUACACCUUUUGUUUUAUAUAUUUAAAUUUACUGGUAAGUUUGGUGAUGGAGUAAAUACAAGAAAAAAAUUAUUUGGUGUUAUAAUUAAAUAUGGUUCAUGGUAGAUGUUCUCAUAGAUGUAGCAUUUAACAUAAAAAAAUAUUAAUAAAUAUUGGAUAAAAGCAGACAAAAUUAGAUAUAUCUUUUCAAUGCAAUGUAAAUAAAUAUAUGUAUCAGUUAAUUUAAAAAUACAGUUAAUAUUCUUAUGCCUUAAUUACUUAAUCCAUCCCUAGAUGUAGUGAUAAUGGUUAGUGCUUAUUAAAAUGUGGGGAAAAAAAAUAGAAAACCAUCUAUUGCUAGUGUAAAACACCAUAUUAUCUUCAGUAAUAAUGAUUAUAUUUAUUAAUCUAAAAAGGAAAAGAAAUCAGAUCGAGUAUAAACAGUGUAUAACAUGUUUCUUUGUUUUUGAAAUAUUAAGACUUUAUUUGAAUAUUUUGGACCAAAAAGGCAAUAUAUUUACAUUUUAGGUCCUUAUAGAAUAAUAAUAACCAUCUUAGCAGAUCUUUUAAAUAAACAGAAUGGGGUAGACAUUGGUAAUUGCAGAUAUUCAUGUGGAAGUCUUUGAUUUUAUCUCAUCAUAAUUAUUUGAAUUUGCAGAUUGCCACGUUUAUUUAUGUGACUUCCAUAGAGAACAAGCCUGGGACAGGUGGCUCAAGUCACACGUCAAUGGUUGUGCAGAGUACAAAGAUGAGAUACUUUCGAUGUUCCGAGAAAUAGCUAAAUCCACAACAGAAAACCAAUUUGAGCAGAACUUGGACAAUUUACGUUCCAGCAAGAUUUGGAAAAACAAAUUGAAGCUGCAACAAUGGUUUGAGCGCAUUUGGCUAGCUAAUUAUGAGAGAUGGGUAAGCUUGUUUAGGAGAAGUUUGUUCAAUGUCAGAGUGUCAACAACAAAUGGACUUGAACGACAACACCUAAAAUUAAAACAAGAAUACCUUUCUCACACAAGUGACAAGUCAUUGUCAAACCUUGUCAAUGUCCUUUUUUCGCAAGUCUUUCCUGAAAGUUACACACGGUAUAUUCAGUACAAUGCAAGAAGCUUGGAUUCUUGUAAAGCCUACAUCACCAGCAUUCCAAGUUUUUUGAAAAAUAGACCAAGAAUGCUUGUAGAACACUGUGUGAAAAGAAUGCCUCCUCAAGUACUGGUGAUACCAGGGGAAAACAUAAGAGAGAGGUCAUCUGGAAACUUUCAGGUGAAGAGUGUGGAUUCUGGAAGUGUGUAUGAUAUUAAUCUAGAAACACCAUGUCCAUCCUGCACUUGUUAUGACUGGCAGAAAUAUCACCUGCCAUGCAAGCACAUGCUUGCAGUAUUUCACAAUUAUCCGAGCUGGGACUGGGACUUUUUACCAGCUGAGUACCGGGAUGCCCCCCACUUUAAUCUUGACUUUGAAAUUUUGGAGUCCAUUCCGAAUUUUGAGUCAAAAAUUAAACAAUCAUGUCCAGUAGAAACAUCUCCAGAAAUUCCAGUACAUGUAUCUCCAGAUGAAAGACCCAACAGUUGCACAGAUGCAGAAGAAAGAGAAAGCCGGUUAACAGAUGCCCCAUCAAACACCAAAGACUGGCUUCAGUGCAGAGAGCUGGUUAAACAAAUUCAAGGCAGCAUAAUGAAUGUUUGUGGACUCAAUAUCAGCAACAUUGUUCAACAACUGAAACAAGUUGCUAAUGUAUUAAAGGAAAUUGAGCCAAAGGAUGAUGACCUUCCUGUAAUAAUGACACCAAAACGAAAAAGGAUCAGAAACAUGGAUGAUGUCUCACAUAAGAGAAGAAAAGUUUCAAAUUUGCCAAGGCCCAAAAAAAUAAAAUCAAGGAAGCAGAAAGCAAAGACAACAAACAUAUCGCUAAAAGAUGUCUGUACCCCAUCUGAAACUGAUGUCCAUAUGUCUGAAGAAUAUCAAGAUUUAACUACAACGGCAAAAGAUGAAAUACAGCUUCAAAAAGAAGUGAACAAAAUCUGGGAUCAGGCUGAAAGAACAGGUUAUGUCAUGGCAAGGUGUGGUGAUACUAACCUAACUGAUGAGGACAUCAUCUCAUUGAAGGGGAAUAACUGGUUGACUGACCAAGUCAUUGACGCAUGUUUGGGGGCCAUUGCCGAGGCAGAAACAGACAAGGGAAACAAAGUCUAUAAAAUGGUCACUUCAACAAUGACAUCUAUAUUGGAUGGACAUUGUCUUCAAAAGAUGCAUUUAAGAGAUGUUCAGUUACAUGGCUAUCAAGUAAUAAUUGGGGCUUAUUUCCAAGAGAUGGGACAUUGGGACCUUGUGGUAAUAGAGCCAAUGACAAGAACUAUAUUCUUCUAUAAUCCUCUUGGUGAGACCCUUCCACAGAAGAUGCACAUACAAGAAAAUUGGAGCCAUUUCUUCAACAGAAGAAUAAGUCUUGGGCUGGAGGUAGGCAAGUCAGGGGAGAAAUGGACUCUUAAAACUGUUCCUCACACAAAACAGCUGGAUGGGCAUAAUUGUGGUGUAUAUAUAAUUCUGUUUUGUGAAAGAUAUUUUACAAAAGAGAGUAUUUCAAACAUUACUAGUGAAGAACUGAGGAAUACCAGGGUGAGGCUUGCUAAUAAGCUGUUGAUGUACCAAGUAUACAUCAAAGACAAAUGUCCAGCAUGUGGAUUUCAAAUGAAACAAAGGCAAAAUAAGAUAACUUGUAGACAGUGUGACAGGAAAUUUCACAAGUUGCCACAUUGUGUUGGAGAAUCUCUUCAAGGGGAUGGUUUCGAGCAUUUUACCUGCAGGCAAUGUCUUGCCUGUGUGAGAGAGACAGUGUCAGAAGAUAGUGUUACCAUGAAGGUUCCUCAAGCAAAAAAUGUAAACCAGAUGCAUAGCACAGAUAUUCAAGAAAACAGAAAAACAUUUGAUAUACUCCAAAUUUUCAAGGACGCUGUGUUUAAAUCAGAUUUCUCUGAGAAAGACUGUGAAGAUUUGAUGGACGCAAUGCAACAUUGUGGCUGGAAUAGCAUCACAAGGGCAGCAGAGGAAGUGGGUGCUAAAAUUCCAGCAUUACCUAAUAAUGUCCAAACCAAAUUUCAUGGAUACAAAUGUUUGGGUGACUUUGGUGAUGGAUAUAUAAGUCUCCUUCCAGCAUCAAUUCGGAAAAAUGAUAUGUGUCCUUUGGAUACAGGAUGUUCUCCUUCGGAAAGUUUAUUUGCCUCCAUUAGUAUCUUACUAUGGGGAAAUGUCUACAAGAGGCAGUUUCUUAAACUUGCUGUUGUUUGCUCUGAAAUCAGACACUGUCCGGAUAAAAAAAAUCUAAUAUGGAAGGCAAUAAAUUCAACAUCCACAAAAGAUACUGAAGAUAUGUGGAAGAUGCAUUUGAAAAACCUUGCUUCUAUCACGCAGCACAAUAUCAUUGUCUAUACCAACAGUGGGUCAGAAAUAUAUUCCAGUGAGGAAAGACAGGUCUUUUCUCAUCAUUUCCCAUUACUGUUGAUAACACUGAAAGGAGCUUCCAGCAUGUCAUAUUUGCCAUUGGUUGAAAGUUUUUUUGUUGGUAGAGGACGUAGAUUUUAUGAGAAAUGUGGAGCCACUGCAUUUGGGGUGUGCCAGGGAGAUUUUGGGGAAAAAAUAUCUUGCACUCUCUGUGGCCAAAACUAUCAUAGACAUUGCAUUGAAAUAGAUGAUGAGCCUGCAUACUGUGGAUGCCAUAUUCAAAUGCCAUUCAAGCUUAAAGAUCUAUCAUUUUAUCAGAGUGACAAGGAUGUUCAUAAAGUCCUAAAGAAAAUAGACAUACAGGAACUGAUCAGGUCAAUAGAAAGUGGGGAAAAGCUAUCAUUUAGAAUGGAGAUAACCAAAGGCAAACACUCUGGGAGGAAAAAGUGGCUUAUAGAAAAAAAUAAAAGUAUCAUGGCCUUGUCAGAAAAGAUGAUUGAUUUCCUUACCAGCAAGGUAAAGAAAACUGCACACUGCUGUGGGAGAUAUGUAAAUUAUGCACUUGACAUUUACAUUCCAGAGAUUUUGAUAAAAGUUAUUCAAAACCAGGAAACAGUUAAUAGAUUCCAAGCUGAAUUAAUCAUGGAUGAAUUACCAAUAUCUGUCCCAGAUGUGCAAUGAGAACAGAAGCAGUAAUGGCAGUAGUGUCUAAUAUAUGUCAGUAUAAAAGAUUGAUGACAUAAUUGAAACUAUACAUAUCUGUACAUGAUGUAUAAUGAAAUAGUAUUUGAUGUUGGAAGGUAACUAUGUCUAUAUACGUGUUAACCUACCUGUACCUGAUGUGAAAUGAGAGAGUAUUUGAUGUAGGUAUAUGCCAAUGUCUGUAUAAGUGUUUACCUACCUGUACCUGAUGUGAAAUGAGAGAGUAUUUGAUGUAGGUAUAUGCCAAUGUCUGUAUAAGUGUUAACCUACCUGUACCUGAUGUGAAAUGAGAGAGUAUUUGAUGAAGGUAUAUGCCAAUGUCUGUAUAAGUGUUAACCUACCUGUACCUGAUGUGAAAUGAGAGAGUAUUUGAUGUAGGUAUAUGCCAAUGUGUAUAAAAGUGUUAACCUACCUGUACCUGAUGUGAAAUGAGAGAGUAUUUGAUGAAGCUCUAUGCCAAUGUCUGUAUAAGUGUUAACCUACCUAUACCUGAUGUGAAAUGAGAGAGUAUUUGAUGAAGCUCUAUGCCAAUGUCUAUAUAAGUUUUACCUACCUGUACCUGAUGUGAAAUGAGAGAGUAUUUGAUGAAGGUAUAUGCCAAUGUCGGUAUAAGUGUUAACCUACCUGUACCUGAUGUGAAAUGAGAGAGUAUUUGAUGUAGGUAUAUGCCAAUGUCUGUAUAAGUGUUAACCUACCUGUACCUGAUGUGAAAUGAGAGAGUAUUUGAUGAAGCUCUAUGCCAAUGUCUGUAUAAGUGUUAACCUACCUGUACAUGAUGUGAAAUGAGAGAGUAUUUGAUGAAGCUCUAUGCCAAUGUCUGUAUAAGUGUUUACCUACCUGUACCUGAUGUGAAAUGAGAGAGUAUUUGAUGAAGCUCUAUGCCAAUGUCUGUAUAAGUGUUUACCUACCUGUACCUGAUGUGAAAUGAGAGAGUAUUUGAUGAAGCUCUAUGCCAAUGUCUGUAUAAGUGUUUACCUACCUGUACCUGAUGUGAAAUGAGAGAGUAUUUGAUGAAGCUCUAUGCCAAUGUCUGUAUAAGUGUUAACCUACCUGUACCUGAUGUGAAAUGAGAGAGUAUUUGAUGAAGGUAUAUGCCAAUGUCUGUAUAAGUGUUAACCUAUCUGUACAUGAUGUGAAAUGAGAGAGUAUUUGAUGAAGCUCUAUGCCAAUGUCUGUAUAAGUGUUAACCUACCUGUACCUGAUGUGAAAUGAGAGAGUAUUUGAUGUAGGUAUAUGCCAAUGUCUGUAUAAGUGUUUACCUACCUGUACCUGAUGUGAAAUGAGAGAGUAUUUGAUGAAGCUCUAUGCCAAUGUCUAUAUAAGUUUUACCUACCUGUACCUGAUGUGAAAUGAGAGAGUAUUUGAUGUAGGUAUAUGCCAAUGUCUGUAUAAGUGUUAACCUACCUGUACCUGAUGUGAAAUGAGAGAGUAUUUGAUGAAGCUCUAUGCCAAUGUCUGUAUAAGUGUUAACCUACCUGUACAUGAUGUGAAAUGAGAGAGUAUUUGAUGAAGCUCUAUGCCAAUGUCUGUAUAAGUGUUAACCUACCUGUACCUGAUGUGAAAUGAGAGAGUAUUUGAUGAAGGUAUAUGCCAAUGUCUGUAUAAGUGUUAACCUAUCUGUACAUGAUGUGAAAUGAGAGAGUAUUUGAUGUAGGUAUAUGCCAAUGUGUAUAAAAGUGUUAACCUACCUGUACCUGAUGUGAAAUGAGAGAGUAUUUGAUGAAGCUCUAUGCCAAUGUCUAUAUAAGUUUUACCUACCUGUACCUGAUGUGAAAUGAGAGAGUAUUUGAUGUAGGUAUAUGCCAAUGUCUGUAUAAGUGUUUACCUACCUGUACCUGAUGUGAAAUGAGAGAGUAUUUGAUGAAGCUCUAUGCCAAUGUCUGUAUAAGUGUUAACCUACCUGUACCUGAUGUGAAAUGAGAGAGUAUUUGAUGUAGGUAUAUGCCAAUGUGUAUAAAAGUGUUAACCUACCUGUACCUGAUGUGAAAUGAGAGAGUAUUUGAUGAAGCUCUAUGCCAAUGUCUGUAUAAGUGUUAACCUACCUGUACCUGAUGUGAAAUGAGAGAGUAUUUGAUGAAGCUCUAUGCCAAUGUCUGUAUAAGUGUUAACCUACCUGUACAUGAUGUGAAAUGAGAGAGUAUUUGAUGAAGCUCUAUGCCAAUGUCUGUAUAAGUGUUAACCUACCUGUACCUGAUGUGAAAUGAGAGAGUAUUUGAUGAAGGUAUAUGCCAAUGUCUGUAUAAGUGUUAACCUAUCUGUACAUGAUGUGAAAUGAGAGAGUAUUUGAUGAAGCUCUAUGCCAAUGUCUGUAUAAGUGUUAACCUACCUGUACCUGAUGUGAAAUGAGAGAGUAUUUGAUGUAGGUAUAUGCCAAUGUCUGUAUAAGUGUUAACCUACCUGUACCUGAUGUGAAAUGAGAGAGUAUUUGAUGAAGGUAUAUGCCAAUGUCUGUAUAAGUGUUAACCUAUCUGUACAUGAUGUGAAAUGAGAGAGUAUUUGAUGAAGCUCUAUGCCAAUGUCUGUAUAAGUGUUAACCUACCUGUACCUGAUGUGAAAUGAGAGAGUAUUUGAUGAAGCUCUAUGCCAAUGUCUGUAUAAGUGUUAACCUAUCUGUACCUGAUGUGAAAUGAGAGAGUAUUUGAUGAAGCUCUAUGCCAAUGUCUGUAUAAGUGUUAACCUACCUGUACCUGAUGUGAAAUGAGAGAGUAUUUGAUGUAGGUAUAUGCCAAUGUCUGUAUAAGUGUUUACCUACCUGUACCUGAUGUAAAAUGAGAGAGUAUUUGAUGUAGGUAUAUGCCAAUGUCUGUAUAAGUGUUAACCUACCUGUACCUGAUGUGAAAUGAGAGAGUAUUUGAUGAAGCUCUAUGCCAAUGUCUGUAUAAGUGUUAACCUACCUGUACCUGAUGUGAAAUGAGAGAGUAUUUGAUGUAGGUAUAUGCCAAUGUCUGUAUAAGUGUUUACCUACCUGUACCUGAUGUGAAAUGAGAGAGUAUUUGAUGUAGGUAUAUGCCAAUGUCUGUAUAAGUGUUUACCUACCUGUACCUGAUGUGAAAUGAGAGAGUAUUUGGUGUAGGUAUAUGCCAAUGUCUAUAUAAGUUUUACCUACUUGUACCUGAUGUGAAAUGUAUUUGAAGUAAAAUGUUUGAUGA